CACAGCUGUCAGUAUUUUUUGUGUUGCUCCGAAUGUAUUUUGUUUGUGGUUACUUUUUCCACUUUUCACGCUCUCUAUCGCACGAAAAAGCGCACAAAUUCUUGGUAAAUUGGUGAAAUAUGCUCCAUUCGUGAGUCACGCACGCGCCAAAACUCAUUAAUUCGGUCAGUGUGUGUGAAUACGGUGUGAAAAUUGAGUUUAAAGUGGCUGAUGGUAUUUUGAGGUUAGGUUUUCCAGUGCUGAUUUUUUUUGUCGCUGGAAUGGUAAAAAGUGGAUGAAGAUUUGUGAUUCUGCAACUGGGAAUUGUUUAAGAAAGUGAGUUCGAAUGGUGAGAUGAAGUCUUUUGCCAGCACAGAGGCUUCUGCCUCAAAGUCGAGUGGAUCACACAAGAAAUCCUCGUCGUCGGUGGGAUCAAAGAGUAAAUCCAAGAAGUCCUCACAGAAUUCUUCACAUUCCUCAGCGUCCAGUGAGCCUACGACAUCUUCAUCGGAGAAGAGUCGCUACAAGAAUUAUGCAGGGAUCAGUCCAAAGUCUAUUAAGUCCUAUUGGGAGCAGCAUGAGAAACAGGAGACUGAUUUAUCCAGUGAAGCCUGUUCCAGGGUAGCUGAAGAUGUUACUUAUAAGCUCUGGGAAUUGGGAAAUACUCUCAAAACUUAUGCUCGUCACUCAAAUGGGAGAGUCACAGUGGACCUGGUGAAUGAUGCCCUGAAGGAUGCAAAUGUCUGUCCGGUCCUGGGGGCAGGAUCUUCCGAAUGGGAUACAAUUGAAUACGAUGGUGUCUAUCAUUUCAACAAAGACAGAAUAGUGGACUUGAGGGAGGAGUACUUAAAAGACGUCCAAGUCACCACGAGUCGUGUGGACGUUUGUGCUUCGUGGCUCGCGGAAGAGACCAUGUCGGAUGAUUUGCUGGAUUUUAUGGACCAUUUAUGUGAUGCGGUCUUCCUGGGCAAUGGGGAGACCUUUAGCAAGGCUAUGGAGACUGUAGCUACAAAUCCCUUCAUGGGAUGCAUUGUAAAUUUGCUCCUGAACAAAUGCACGGAAUUGCUGAGCUUCGAAUACAAGCCAGACACACUCAAGAGGGCAAUGGAACUUCUCAUCACACUCACGAGGAACCCAUUUGCCAGGGAUGCAGAAAUCAACUCAGAGAUGUACUACUUGUGCCAAAUAUUGGUGUGUCUCCUUCUGGGACCGGCAAAUCAAGCCACUUUCUCAGCGGAAGUAGCUUCCAAUGGGAAUUUCCAGGCUAAUCCCGAUCUCACAUUUCACGGGUAUCACAGUGAAAAUGGCCAGGUGAAUGUGGCCACAAUUGAAAAUCCCCACACAACGGUGGUGGAUGAGAAUCUUCUAAAUACAAUAACGGGAAUCAAGCAGGAACCAUCCAUGUACAAUGGAAUUGAUAUUACGGAUAUUAAGAAUGAGUGUGAGACAUUUUUCAUUAUGAUGGAGAACAAUGGGCUGGAGAUGAAGCACGAGAGUGGAAUUGAUCAGAGCAAUAUCGUUAGGAUUAAGUCUGAACUUAUGGAUACAUAUGAUCAGUACAACGGAAGUGCUGAAACAAUGGAUUAUCAGUGUGAGUCACAAAACCAGAUGUGUUUCAAACAGGAGGAUCCUCCUCUUGCCUCGUGUCAAUCUGAACCAGUUGCUGGAACAAGUAUCUCAGUAGUUGAUGAGACUGCCAAGAUCACGGACAAUCACUCAGAGACUGUCUUUUGGCGAGAAGAGGAGUGUGGCGUGAUAACGACGCAAAUGUGUGAUUUUGAUUGUGUUGAUACCGUGUGUCAGUGUUUGGGACGCUUGGGGAGUUUUUGGGGUUUAGUGGAGCGUCGCUGUUGCAAUCUCAUACGUUCCAGACUGAAGGAAUUCUUCAGUCGGGAAUACCUUCAGUUGCAGUGGGAAUUUGAGUGGCUUAUAAGGGCUUUUAGAGCAAUGUGGGCACUCGGUGAGAAUCCCUUUCGGGAAUUUUCCAUCUAUUUUGAGCGAAUUGAUCCAAUUGUGACUCCAGAAUGGGUUCUACAGGAAUUUAAUAUUGCUGCUGUGUAUAUUUGUGGAAAUGGUGAUAGUUACUUGUAUGAAUUACUCUAUACACUCUGUGGGGAUUCCCUCCUUCCCUUCAUGAUUUACAACACAAAGAAACUCCAUAAAAUUGCCAUAAAAUCAGCGACUGAAUCACAUAUUAAGUACAAGAUAGUGUCCAAAGUGCUCCUAAAGACGUGCUCAAGGGUGAGUUGUGGGCAUUUCAGGCAGGGCAAUGAUGAGUGCUUUGAAAGGCCUGAUAGAAUAACUCUCAAGAGAAUUCCACCGAGGAUUGGAUUUCGUUUUGCUGGUUGUCGUCCUGUUCUAUUGCCACGCAAAGCAUCACAUGCAACAGUAUCCAUUCCAGCGCCACAUGUCCAAGUGCAGCAAAAUGCAGAGAUGCUGGCUAGGUACAAUCGAAGGAUUGUAGUGGCCAGGAGGAAAUUGUUCACAUCACUCACAAAUAAGCAAAUUGUGAAAAAUGUCGAAGAUCUUCGGUGUAUGAACCUCUAAGAGAUUCAGUUUCUUUUCCGUUGAAGAAAAAAACUCGUUAGAAUAUUAUUAUUAUUAUUAAAAAAAAAUUGAUCCCCUCGUUUUUUUCACGUAAA